AUGUCCAUACCAAAAUCAUCUCUAUCCCCAUCCACCCAGCGUCGACAAGAUAAAGAGCACACUCAAGAGUUGGCCACUCCUUUAAACCGUGUUAUUCGAAAUCAGGUGGUGUUUCGCGUCAAAGAUCCACGACGGCAACAGCCGAUUAAGUCAUCGCAGCAACAAGUCAUCCAACCUGUGGAGUACCCGAUCUUCCGUCCCCGGAAACCUCACCGGAAAUCGAGGACCGGCUGCUGUAAUUGUAAGAAACGCAGGGUUAAGUGCGAUGAAACCAAACCAGGCUGCCGAAAGUGUGACGUUUAUGGCAUAUCCUGUGAUUACUUGGUAAUGGAAUUCCAAUCAAAGUCAAAAUCUACAUUCCGAUUAGCAAAGGAGUUUUCUCAAGUCUAUGAGAUUGAUUCCACCACCUAUUCACUGGCCAUUGCCGACCUUGCGGACAAAAUAGACUCAGCAUUGCGACUUCCUCCCAGUAUUGACGAUGAUCUCAGUAAUUUUAUCACAAAACCUGCUCAUCGUGAUUCUGUCGAAGCUCUCUAUCAUUUUUUAGCCCUCCCAGGCGAAAACUCCGGCCUUACCGAGGCCGGUAAAGAUGUGGCAAAGGGGGACAUGUUGCGUGUAGCUUUUCAGACUCCAUAUCUCAUGCAUGCUAUUCUGGGUGCUGCUACAACCAGCCUCAGACGAUUACACUCAUGGGGCUCGUCAUUCAGAAUGGCCGAAAGCUACCAUUGGCAGCGGGCCAUCAAUCUGUAUCAGAAAGAGCUAUUUACUCCCAUUGGCGUGCAUAACAUGGAUGGUCUCAUGUCGACCUGUCUGCUCCUGGGCGUUCUCUCUUUCGCGGUAGAAGAGUACAAGCCGGAGGAAUCCUGGCUUUUCUCACCGGACCCUAAAGCUCUAAACUGGCUUCUCGUCCAAUCUGGACUCAGGCACCUCCUCAGAUUCACAGGCCCUUUUUUGUCUCAGAGCAUCUGGUACAAAGUCUUUAUGGAAUCUGAUGACGAACACCACACAUUUGAUGACCACCGCCCAGGCACUGAGGGUCUUCACCCUGCUCUAGCUGAACUUUGUGAAAUCGAUGAAACUACAACUGAAGAAACAAACCCUUAUCAUUGGCCACUUCGCAUGCUUAGUCCGUUACUGAAUCUGGUGCCCUGUAACGAAAACUCGAGCAAACUAACUUCGUUCAUGGGCCGGCUGCUACCUGAUUAUACUGACCUUUUGCAAAAGAAAGACCCGAGAGCAAUUCUCAUCUUAGGCUACUGGCUAGCAAAGAAGUGUCAAGAAAAUCAGUGGUGGAUGCAACCGAGGAUUCAUGCCGAAUGUGUCGCUGUUUGCAUGUUCUUAGAACAUAGCAUGGACCCUCGAAUGCUGAAGCUGCUUGAAUACCCAGCCGAGCAUUGCGGGUAUCUUCUGAAACAUGUUCGAGAAUGCACGACAUUUGAGGUGAAUAUUGACCUUGUGUGCCUCUUUUAA